CAAAGUGUUUUGCUUGAUUUGUUUGAUCUUUGAAAAAAUGAAAACUAUGCCGCGAAACGGAACGGCCAAACAGACUUGUUUUUUUUCCAAUCUUGAAUUUAAAAAAGUGAUUUUUGUUUGAAAAUUAAUAAGAAAUAGUACGUUCGUUUUCAUUCUGUGUCGGAAUUUCUCACCAAAAAUCGUGUUUUUCUAAUUCACAAAAGAAAAGAACGUAGAACACAAUAGAACCAGAUAGUCACUAAAAAUGGCUGGUACAAUUUUAGAAAAUUUAAGCGGUGGCAAACUAUCAAUUUUAGUUGCAACUUUGUUGAUAUGUCAAGUAGUAUGCUUCCUAAUCGGCGGACUUAUAGCCCCUGUACCAGCUAGUCAUCAGAAUAUUCUCGGUAUAGCUUGCAAAGAUGAUCCUUUGCGACAAAAUGAUACAAAUUUCUGGAUAUAUUCCCGAGGAGCAGAAAAAUGCAUAGAGAUCCCUCAAGAAGAAAUCGGGAAACACUAUACCAAAAUGGCCAAUCAAAUUGUUUAUGUUUUCCAAAUGCCGAUACCUCGCGAUGGUCAAGUACUCGACUAUUCUAGAUGGCAACAAAAUUUAAUUGGAGUUCUUCAAGUGGAAGUGGCUUAUGAAAAGAAUAUAUUAAUAGAUCCUCGUACCGAACUAACGAUAGAUGCCCGCUUAGCUUAUAGAAACAAAGGCGAUCCUGAUAACUCUUGGAAACUUUAUGCACACUCUUUAGAAAAACGUUUCCUUGAGUGUACUCCUAUACCAGUUUCCCUCCAAGAAACACUUUUUUCAUGCGAAAUGAUUCCACUAUUUGAAUUAGGUGCUCUCCACCACGAUUAUUAUUUACUCAACAUUCGUCUACCAGUUGAUACUGAUAUGAGAAUUAAUCUCAACAUUGGACACUCACAUGAAUUUCAAUUGACGGCAAUUUAUCAAAAUGGCGGUUUUACAAAAGUUUGGGUUUCUUUAAAAACAAUAUUCUUUCCAAUUGUGGCGUGCAUUAUGAUUUGGUUUUGGCACCGCGUGCAUAUUCUUCAAAGAUCACCAGCUUUACUCGAGUGUAUGCUUAUCUAUUUGGGAGGGACUUUGACAUUUUUGAAUUUGCCACUGGAGUACCUUACUCUAGCUUUUGAAAUGCCGUAUAUGCUUUUGCUUAGUGAUAUUAGACAGGGAAUCUUUUAUGCAAUGCUUUUAUCAUUCUGGCUAGUGUUUGCUGGUGAACAUAUGUUGAUUCAAGACUGUGGAGAAAUGAAUUCCUUGCGAAUUUAUUGGAAACAUCUGAGCGCUGUUGUAGUUGGUUGUUUAUCUUUGUUUGUCUUUGACAUCUGUGAAAGAGGCAUCCAAUUAAGAAAUCCAUUCUACUCAAUUUGGACCAAGCCAAUUGGUGCUAACUUAGCAUUUGGAUUUAUAAUUUUAGCGGCUAUAUCGGUCGGAAUAUAUUUCUUUUUUCUCUGCUACAUGGUUUGGAAGGUCUUUAUGAAUAUCAGUAUUAAGCAAACCUCGCUGCCAUCUAUGUCUUCGGCUCGACGACUGCAUUAUGAAGGAUUGAUUUAUAGGUUUAAAUUCCUGAUGUUGGCCACAUUAAUAUGUGCUGCUCUGACAGUCGCUGGUUUUAUAAUGGGACAAAUAGCGGAAGGUCAUUGGAAGUGGGAUGACAAUAUAGAAAUUCAAAUGAAUUCUGCGUUUCUUACUGGGGUGUAUGGUAUGUGGAAUGUAUACAUUGUAACUUUGUUGAUACUCUAUGCUCCGAGUCAUAAGCAGUGGCCAAACGAGAACCGUGCUUCGAAUGAAAAUAUAAUGGGUGAAGAAAUUGAGUUUAAUAAUUUGCCCUCAGACUCUAAUCCGAGUGAAAUUUCAUCUCUUACAUCAUUUUCUCGUAAAGUUGCCUUUGAUUAAAAAAUUUAGAGAGGUACUAAAUGGUGUACUAUAACCAAAGAUUUAAAUGAGAAGUUUUGUUGUAAUCACAUUUUUCAUAUUUCGAUGUAUAUGUAUGUAAAACGCUCUCUAUUUCAUUAUUCAAGUAUUCAAGUGACAUAAAAGUAUGCUUUUUUAUAUUCCAAUGUGACAAAAUAAAAAUCAGUAUUAAUGUACUUAUUAGAGAAUGUAAGUUGUAUUUUGUUUAAGAAUAACCGAGUAUAAGUUUUAAAUGAAUAAAAAAUACAAUGUAAAUAAAUGCAA